AUGAUCGUAUUUACUGUUAUAUCUGGUGCUAAAAAUGAAGAUGCAUUAUGUUAUCUUUUAGAAGUAGACGAUGAAGUUCGAAUAAUGUUAGAUUGUGGGUGGAAUGAUGAAUUUAAUGUAGAAGAUUUAAAACAUUUGAGAAGAGUCGCUAAACAAGUUGACGCACUUCUUCUCUCGCAUCCUGAUCUUUCACACUUGGGAGCUUAUCCUUAUGCGUAUGGACAUUUUGGGCUUUCGUGCCCUGUGUACGCGACAGUACCGGUAGUUCACAUGGGACGGAUGUGCAUGUAUGAUAUUUUUCAAUCAAAGGUGAAUGAAGCUAAAUUUGACACUUUUGCGUUGGAUAAUGUCGAUGCUGCAUUUGAAAAAGUGAAUACAUUAAAAUAUUCACAACCGAUGGUGUUGGGAGGGAAGUGUAAAGGCAUUACUAUCACUGCAUAUGCUGCUGGACAUACUAUAGGUGGCACAAUAUGGAAGAUUAAAAAAGAUACUGAAGAGAUUGUAUACGCCGUAGAUUAUAAUCAUAAAAAAGAAAGGUUGCACUUAGACGGGACAGUAUUACAUAAUAAUGGGGUUGUUUUAGAUGCGUUAAGUAGGCCUUCUUUAAUGAUUACAGAUGCAUACAACUCUUUAAUUAUUCAUCCUGCAAGGAGAUCUCGUGACGCUGCCUUAUUUGAUACCAUUACUAAUACAAUGAAAAAUAAGGGAUCUGUCUUGUUACCUACAGAUUCAUCGGCUCGUGUUUUAGAAUUAGCUUAUCUUUUGGAUCAACAUUGGGCAUAUAAUCAAUUUUCAUAUCCACUUAUCUUGUUAACUCACCAAAGUUAUCGAACAAUACAAUUCGCCAAGAGUAUGCUUGAAUGGAUGAGUGAUGCUAUUAAUAGACAAUUUGAUAGCAAAAGAGAAAACCCAUUUGAAUUUAGGUAUAAAGAACUUUCCAAAUAUCCAGGACCUAAAGUUGUCCUUGCAAGUAACUCUAGUUUGGAUACAGGAUAUGCACGAGAUCUUUUACUUGAAUGGGGAAAACAUGAAUCAAAUGCUCUCAUAUUGACUGAUAGGGGAUCACCUAAUUCGUUGGCAAGAAAGUUAUAUAAUGAAUGGGAUAAGCUUAGUCAGUCGAAUGAUGGGCCUGUUAAGCCCUCUGUUAAUUUAAAUUUGACAAUGAAUCUUUUGAUAAAGAAGAAGGUGCCUCUUGAAGGAACAGAAUUAUCAGAAUAUAAGUCUGAGCUUCGUAAAAAGCAAGAACGUGAAGCAGCUCAAGCAGCUUUGAUUGCAAAAAGCUUAUCAAUAAUAGAGGAUGAUGAAUCAGAUGAAUCAGAAUCUGAGAUAGGAGAUACAGAUAUAGAAGAGUUACUGUCCAAGCAUUUUGAUCUUUAUGUACGUGAUGCGACGAAAUACGGAGGAUUUUUUAAACAGACUCAGAGCUAUUUAAUGUUUCCUUAUGUUGAAAAAAGAAAAAGAUAUGAUGAUUAUGGAGAAAUUAUACAAGUGGAUCAGUUCGCUAGGGGAAUUGGAGAUGAAAAUGCAGGAAAUAUUGAUGUCAAUGGAGAUAAAGUUGAUAUGAGUAGUGAUAAAGAUGAAUUCGACAAAGAAGAUUCGACGAAUACUUUCCCGGAGUCAAAUGUUCCAACAAAAUACGUAUCUUAUGAACAGGAAAUUAAAUUUCAAUGCCAAGUGAGAUUUAUUGAUUUAGAAGGAACAAAUGAUGGUAGAUCUCUCAAAACUAUUGUGCCUCAGGUUCAGCCUAGAAAGUUGAUUGUAGUCCAUGCGUCACCAGAAGCAACUAAUGAUUUUGCCCAAAGUUGUCUGGCGAUAAGAUUAAUGACGCGAGAUAUUUACACACCUGAUGUUGGAGAAGUUUUAAAUGUAUCAGCUGCUAUAAAUUUUUAUCAGGUUAAAUUAACCGAUGCUUUAGUUAGCUCCUUAAAACUUUCAAAGCUUGAAGAUUAUGAUAUUGCGUUUGUAAACGGAAAAAUAUCCUUUCCACCUGAUUCUUCUUUACCAAUAUUGGAUGUGGUGCCAAUAGAUGAACUAAGUUCUGGGACUCAUAAUCCCGUCUUUGUUGGUGAAGUUAAGCUAACAGAAUUGAAACGUGUAUUGCAGUCAGAAGGCAUAACAGCAGAAUUUAAAGAUGAAGGAGUACUAGUGUGUAAUGAAAAAGUUGCUGUCCGAAAG